AUGCCGAUACCGAGGCGGGCGUCUGAGGCGCCGUGCGACGUGCAUGGGCUCUUUGUCGCCGAGUUCCAUGUGCGUCACGGCAACUCGAUCGUGUAUCGCGAUCCGCCCAGCCUGCGCACCGACGGCCUCGAGUGGACCGUGCUGCCGAGCGGCGCGCAUGCGGUGACCCGCGAUACAAUCUACUUUUCGUACGACAAGCAGCACAUGGGCGUCGCUGCGUUCCACCAGCACGAUCUGGCCGACAACGACGCCCGCGCAGCGCAGCGGGGCGCGCGCAGCGUGAGUGUGGCGCUGAUUGUGCCGUGUGGCGCAGCCCCGGGGAGCCAACUGACGGCGAUCCUCCCGCACCUCGUCCCGCUCGCGCUACUUGCUCAGGAUAUUGCUGAAGGCGCGCCGCCACCGACGCUCCAUACGUACAUGGCCGACUAUGCGGCGCGCACGGCCUCACCACAGCACGCGCUCUUGCAGCUCGCGUACGACCCAGCGACCUACCUGCUCACGGUGCACCGCUUUCUGGGCCCCCUCAUUCCGCCCCUUCUCAAGGCGCUGCAUGUGCCGCGCCGUGUCCUCCUGUACUGCCCGCCGCCCACGGAGCGCGCGGCGAUCGUCGCCUUCAAUCUGGCCGAGCUCAUGCAUGCGUCGUUUGUGCAUGCGCCCGGCGUGCCGGGCGACGUGCGCGUACGUGGCCUGGUGACGCUGCACGACCUCGACGCGCUUUUGGCGGAGCCGACGCCGCCCGCCACGGCGUGGCUUGCGUGGACAUCGGACCGCCUCCUGCUCGACAAGACGCACCUGUACGAUAUCAGCGUGGACGUGUCGUCGUGUGCAUUUCUGCCCUCGGCCCCGCCGCCCAUGGCGACGCGCCCCGUCGCGCGCCUCGUGCCAAGUGUAUCACGGGUGCCGGUCCCGCUGCGCUGGUCGACGCGCGACUUGAGCCUGUUCCUAGAACUGGCGGAGCAGGAGCGCCGCUUCGUGGCGCUGCUCACCGACGAGGGGCGCCCAACCUUCCGCGCGUGGUGCGAGGCGGAGGCGCUCCCUGCCACAUGUGAUCUGCACAUGUCCGUGCGUCCGCCAUGGAGGUACGCGGGGCAGGACGACCGCUCGCGCGUCGUGGGGUACCUGGUGGUGUGCAUGGCCAUGCUGCGCUUCUGGCUCGCGGAAUGGUGGCUCAUUCGCGCGCAGCUGCACGUCGUCGUGCCUCUUGCGCUCGUGAUGCCACUGGGUGUGCGUGGCGACGGCGGGAUGAGCGGCGGGAUUGUCGACUUGGGCGACGAUGCGAGCGUCGACAGCGAGUCGGUCCCGCGGCGCCGCGGCUCGCGCUCUCUCGACGCGGCCGACAGGGAGCCAUCGAGCGAAUCGUAUGACCCGCUCGUCGCUGCGUGUGGGCUCCAUGUACCGCAGGCGCACGGCCGCCCACGCUCCAUGGCCAGCGCCCGCUCGUGGACGUCGCACGCGGGCGUGGCGCGCGAGCGUACCAUCCGCCCGGCCCACCCCCGCUACGACGCCCAGGACGCGCCGCAUCUCCCGCUGGAAAGCAUGACAAGCCUAUACCUCUUCACGCUGUGGAGCAGCUACGUGCGUGCCAAGCACAUCCAGGCGGUGGCCUACCUGGAGGAGCGCGUCCAGCUCUUGCCGCCGGCCGAUGAGUCUGCGUCCCUCCUGCGCGCGCGCAACGUGAGCGUGUCGCCCGACUGCCUACACUCGCUGGGACUCGAACACACGUCCGAGAUCGACUGCGCCGUGGCUCAGCAGAUCCUCACGCCCCACCACAGCACCCUGCGCAUCGCGCGCGGCUGGCUGGGUUAG